AUGGUGGNNNNGCUCUACACUGCAACAGCUUCAAAGGACUUAUUUGAGCUCUGUGUUGUUGAAGGUGGAACAAGGAUUGGUGGCAGAAUAAACACCUCAGAGUUUGGUGGUGACAGGAUUGAGAUGGGUGCUACUUGGAUCCAUGGAAUUGGGGGUAGCCCAAUUCACAAGAUUGCUCAAGAAAUCCAUUCUUUGCACUCUGACCAGCCAUGGGAGUGCAUGGAUGGGGACUCAGAAGAGCUAACCACCGUAGCUGAAGGUGGAUUCCAGUUACAACCCUCCAUUGUUGAUCCUAUCACUAAACUUUUCAAGCAUCUCAUGGACUAUUCCCAAGGGAAGAUGAAGCUUCUCACUGAGCAGGACAACACUGGCUAUUACCAUAGCCUUGCUGCUAAGGCUUUCAGCAUGUCAAAGGCCAAAAGUGGUUCUGGGGGACUUAGUGUUGGUUCUUUUCUCAGAGAGGGCCUUGAUGCUUACUGGGGUUCAGUGAUGAAGAAGGGGCAUGAUGAUUAUGAUGAUGACGAUGAUGAUGAUGAUGAUGAUGUCAAAGGGUAUUAUGGGAACUGGACAAGGAAGUUACUUGAAGAAGCAAUCUUUGCAAUGCAUGAGAACACUCAGAGGACAUACACAUCAGCUGGUAACCUUAUGAGUCUGGAUUACAGGGCUGAGAGUGAAUACAUAAUGUUCCCAGAUGAAGAAAUCACAAUUGCUAAGGGCUACUUGAGCAUAAUUGAGCACUUAGCUUCUGUGUUGCCACCAGGCCUAAUUCAGCUAGGUAGGAAAGUCACUAAGAUUGAGUGGCAGCCAAACCAGAACCAGAACCAGAGGGACAUUGAUGAAGGAGGGAGAAAGGUUUGUGUGGAGAAUGGUGGUUCUUGUUGUUCUUGUUCUAGGCCUGUGAAGCUACAUUUCAGUGAUGGUUCUUCUAUUUCUGCUGAUCAUGUCAUUGUCACUGUUUCACUUGGGGUGCUAAAAGCUGCUAUCCGUGAUCAUGAUAAAGGUGAUUCAGAUUCAGGUAUGUUCUGUCCUCCUCUUCCACCAUCAAAGGCUGAGGCAAUUUCAAGACUUGGUUUUGGCGUUGUUAACAAGUUGUUUAUGCAAUUGAGUCCAACACAACAAACACAAACACAAACACAACACCAUGUUAACCACAAAGGGUUCCCUUUCUUGCAAAUGGCUUUCCAUUCACCUCACUCUGAGAUGAGGCACAAGAAAAUACCAUGGUGGAUGAGGAGAACAGCUACCCUUUUUCCCAUAUACAACAACUCUACGGUCCUGUUGUCUUGGUUUGCUGGGGAGGAAGCACUAGCACUUGAAUCACUCAAGGAUGAAGAGAUCAUUAAUGGGGUUUCAACUACAGUCUCAAGCCUCCUAUCACAUUCCCAGUGGCAGAAAGGUUCAGAUUCACAUAAAUUGUGCAAUGGGAUUGUUAAUUCUUCCGAGGAGAGAUAUCAGGAAAAUGAAGUGAGAUUCAGCAGUGUGAUGAAGAGCAAAUGGGGAACUGAUCCACUAUUCUUAGGAUCAUACAGUUAUGUUGCAGUAGGAUCAAGUGGUGAUGAUUUAGAUACAAUGGCUGAGCCAUUGCCAAAAGAUAGCAAUUGUCACCCUUCAGCCUCAUCAUACCCUCUUCAAAUUUUGUUUGCAGGGGAAGCAACUCACAGAACUCAUUAUUCUACAACUCAUGGAGCUUACUUCAGUGGCCUUAGGGAAGCCAAUAGGCUUCUUCAACAUUAUCACUGUGUUGGGAUUUAUAACAACUAGUAUCAUUAUCGUUAUUAUUAUUUUUGGUUCCUUUUUUUGUUUUUAUCAAAUUUUUAACAUUAAUCUCUAUGAUAUAAUUCCCAUUUUCAUCUUAAAACAUCUUUGUUUCUCUUUAAGGAAAGUAGUGAGUGAAUGAGAGAAAUCAAAAUUAGAAAGAGUAGCAAGAUGAAUAGUGAGAUGUGGACAUUUAGCUGUACUGCUUGAAGUAAUUCUUUCUCCCUCCCCCCAACCCAACCCCAGUAUUUAUUUCUCUUCAUUUAUGAGUGUAGCUUCUUUUCGUUUGCUUCC